AUGGCCUCCCGUAUGAUCAAAGAAGAGAGAGCAGCCCGCAACGAGCGUCUCCGUCGCGCUGCCGAAAAACUUAGACUGACAUCGUUCACCCAUGUUUUCGCAGACGAAGCUCGCAAGCACCUUACCCACGAAAUCACCGUUCUCGGUGAAUCCCUCGACAUGGAUCUUCGCGACAGAAUCUCGAAUAUCCAUUCAAACGCAAAUGCGUUGGAAACUCAGAGCAAGCAGUUGAAGUCGCGGACGCAGGCUAUGAAUAAGACUUCGAGGCAGUGGAGUGCUCUUGCUGAGAAUGGUCGAGGAAGACUUAAGGAAAUCGGCGAUGUCCAAAACUGGGCGGAAAUGAUCGAACGCGAUUUAUUGGUUCUUGAAGAAACCUUGAGAAUCGUGAAUGAUGAGGAUGUCGACGCUUAUUAA